AUGGGCAACUCCUCCAGGAAGGGUGAGGGAGAGGAAGAGGAGGAGAAGGAGAAGGAUGGCGAGGAGGCAGAAAUCACACAGAAGAAGAAGAAAGAGGAGGAGGAGGUCGAGGUUGAGCUUCCACUCGGGGUGGAGGAGUUGUUUGAGAGCGGAGAUCCCGUGCUGGACUUGAGCUACCGUAAAUUUAAGCGGUUACCUUUGCGUGUUUGUGGGCUGUUGCAUCUGGAGAAGCUGUACGCUUGUGGGAACAGCCUGCGCACUCUGCCGGACAGCAUCACCCAGCUGCAUGGCCUGCGGGUACUCGCCCUCGACUUCAACAAGAUGGAGGAGGUUCCUGUGUCCAUCUGCCAGCUCACUAACCUCACUCGGCUCUACCUGGGCAGCAACCGGCUGAUGAACCUCCCUCCUGAAAUCACCAACCUGCGGAGCCUACGCUGCCUGUGGGUGGAGAGUAACUACUUCCUGAAAUUCCCCCGUGUACUGUAUGACCUGCCCAACCUCAAGUCCCUCCAGAUAGGGGACAACCGGCUUAAGACGCUGCCCCCUGACCUCUUCCGCAUGGAGGCUUUGAGGGGAUUAUGGCUUUAUGGGAACCGCUUUCAUAACUUCCCCAAAAUCCUUCUGCGCAUGGAAGGCUUGGAGAUACUAGACCUGGACCGCAACAAAAUAUCAGUGUUCCCCAGCCUGAAGUGCCUCCAUGCCCUCCGCCUGUUCUCCUACGACCAUAACCCGGUCAAGAACCCUCCUAAAGUGGGCCCAGAGGUGCUCUUGGUCGGUGAAGGAGCUGCAGAGUUCAUGGAGGAGCGUGAGGCCAAGAAAGUGAGAAUACAAAAGGCCGCAGAGAAAGCAGCAGAGGAUUUGGCUCUGGCGGGAGAGGAACCCGUCAUUCACGGCAUCCUGAAGAACAGCAGCUCAAACCGAGCCACAAACGGAGCUGUGACGACUGUAGAGGAUGCAGAUGUUAGAGAGGAAGAGCCCCCGGCCAGGGAGGAAGAGGAUGUGGAUGGGGAUUUACCAGUCUCAGGGUACGACUGCGCUGAGCUCGAAUAUGACGAGGACGGAGUUGAAUAUGAGACGGAGGAGCUGAUAUGUGAGGGUGAGGGGUUUGAGUAUGAGGGCGAGGAGCUGGAGUAUGACAGGGCGCAGAUGGACUACGAGUAUGAGGAGCUGCAGGACACAGGGAGACAGGAUGAAGGGGCAUGA